CUCCAAUUCAUUCCCAAAACCCAACCCUUUUUAAUCCCUUCUCCCGCUCUCGUCCUCAUAUUCCCCACCUCUCUCUCUCUCUCUCUCUCUCUCUCCAUUGGCGAUGCUACGAGCUCGUCUUCUUCGCCUCUUCCUCUCCCCCUCCAAUCCAAUCGUUAAACCGUCCGUCUUGGCGCGCUCAUCGCAUCGGAGGAGUCAGAGAGGGUUUGGACUUGGGGAGUUUCGUCGUGGAUUUAGUGGAACUCUGGUUCCGGAGCUGACAACGGAUGAUGCCGCGAGCACCGCUGGAGCUGACGAUGAGAUCGAGAGGAUUCAGCGUGAGUUCGAGGAAGCAAAGAGGAACUUUGACAACAUUCCUGAGGUGCUCAAAGAAAUACCCAAGAUGAAUCCGGAAGGUAUUUACGUCAACAAGAAUGUGAGGUUGGAUACAAUACAAGUUUACGGUUUUGACUAUGACUACACGCUAGCCCAUUACUCCGAAAAUCUCAAGAUUUUGAUCUAUGACCUGGCAAAGAAGCACCUUGUUAAUGAGCUGAAGUAUCCUGAGAGCUGCUUGCAAUUUGAGUAUGAUCCCAAAUUUCCAAUCAGGGGUCUGUACUAUGAUAAACUCAACGGAUGCCUUCUGAAGCUUGAUUUCUUUGGGUCCAUAGAGCUAGAUGGUUGCUUUUUCGGACGUAAAAAGCUUAGCGUGGACAAAAUAGUAGAAAUAUAUGGCACUCGGCAUAUUGGCCGGGAUCAAGCACUUAGACUUGUGGGUCUGAUGGAUUUCUUUUGCUUUAGUGAGGCAUGCCUUAUUGCUGAUAUCGUCCAGCAUUUUGUUGAUGCUAAGUUGGAUUUUGAUGCUUCCUAUGUAUAUGAAGAUGUAAACCAUGCUAUUCAGCAUGUUCAUAAAAGCGGCCUGUUACAUAGGACAAUUCUGUCUGAUCCUCAUAAGUACCUAGUGAAAAAUAGCCAAGUCUUGCAGUUUCUACAAAAGCUUAAGGAGAAGGGGAAGAAACUUUUCCUUCUGACCAACUCACCUUUCUAUUUCGUGGAUGGUGGAAUGCGUUUCAUGUUAGAGGACUACAGGGAUGGAAGAUCCUGGAGGGAGCUUUUUGAUGUUGUCAUUGCUCAAGCUAAUAAGCCAAGUUUCUAUACUUCAGAGCACCCAUUCAGGUCUUAUGAUAUUGAGAGGGAUACUCUAGCUUUCACUGCAGUUAGUAGGUUUCUCCCGAAUGAAGUGUAUUACCAUGGUUGCCUCAAAUCAUUUCUACAGAUCACAAAGUGGAAAGGCCCAGAGGUUUGCAAAGUGAUAUACUUUGGUGAUCAUUUGUUUAGUGACCUCAGAGGACCUUCAAAAGCUGGUUGGCGAACAGCCGCCAUUAUUCAUGAACUUGAGAAUGAAAUACAGAUCCAGAAUGAUGAGAGAUAUCGAACGAAACAGGCUCAAUUUCAUAUAAUUCAAGAAUUGCUUGGGAAAGUUCAUGCUACGGUAGUCAGCACAGAGAGAGGACAAGCGUACAAAAAGCUGAUGGAUGAUCUGAAUAUGCACAGGCGGCACUGCCGGGAUAUAAUGCGGAGCCUAUUCAAUAGCUCUUUCGGUGCAACCUUCCUCACAGACACUGGUCAGGAAUCGGCAUUUGCCUAUCAUAUUCAUCAAUAUGCAGAUGUCUAUACUAGCAAGCCCGAGAAUUUCAUGUUAUAUACUCCCGAUGCAUGGCUUCAUGUGCCUUGUGAUAUAAAGAUCAUGCCGCAUCAUGUCAAGGUUCCGUCAACCUUGUUUAAGCCACAUUAGCUUCUUCUGUCCUUUUUCCUGAAAAGCCAUGUUAAUUUUGGUUUAAUCUCCAUGAGAAAAUGAAUGACCGAUACUCCGGCAAGUCAAAUUCAACAAUCAACGUCAUCAUCGAGGAAAAUAGAAGUGUGAUUCUUUUUGCCUCUCUAUUGGCAGAGACGGGGGUCGAGGGGUGCUGAAAAUAAGCAUUUUUUACACCAUGCAUAGAAGAGCAGCUGCUUGUUUGGAAAGGCAGCUGCUGUGUACAUGAUUCAUUCAAGAGAUUAAAGGAUUUGAUGGUAAGUGAGGAUGCAUUCACAUUGGCUCAAAUGUGUUAGGAUGAAAAAGCUAACAUUUUCCUUUCAUAUUGUUCCAGAUUAGGCCAUUCUCGUGUCAGUUCCAUAAAAAUUGUGAUAUUUUAUAUCCUUACCCUGCAGGGGAAUCAAAAAUAGAAGUUGUAGUGUGAUUACUGUUACACUACUACAUGAUUACCACCUAUCUUCGGUAUCGAAAUCUCUCGUUUACUGGCCUUUUAAAGGUUUGUUCUACUGGAUGCUCACUGAUUCAACUUAUAUCUAAUUGUCGCGAAUGUUGUGAAUCAGGCAACUGCUUUUUAUUGAAUGUCCAGUUCUAUCGUGUA